AUGGCCACCCAGUCACUGCAUUUAGACGAAAUUAUUAAAAAUAAAUUAAAUCCUGAACAGUUAAAGGAAUAUCACAGAAUUCAUUAUGGAAGAAUUGAUCAUUGUGAACUAAAUCUUCAAGAUUCAACAUUAGAAGCAGGUAAGCUGCAUGAUUUUGAGGUUGCUGCAUAUUCCUUCGAUGCAGCCAAAGAGGUUAGAAAUCCUAGACUCGUCAAGGUCGGUUUGGUUCAACAUUCUAUUGUUUUACCGACAACGGAGCCAGUUGAACAGCAGAGAAACGCUGUAUUUAACAAAGUCAAGAAAAUUAUUGAAACUGCUGCUUCGGAAGGUGUUCAGAUCCUUUGUCUUCAAGAAGCAUGGUACAUGCCAUUUUUCUUAUGCACUCGUGAGAAAGAAGAAUGGAAAGAAUUUGCGGAAUCAGCAGACAAGGGGCCCAGCUUUAACUUUUUGAGUGAAUUGGCUAAGAAAUACAAUCUAGUCAUCAUAUCACCAAUUUUAGAAAAUGACAAUGGCGUUUGGUGGAAUACUGCAGUUGUAAUAGAUGAAAAUGGGAUUUACUUGGGUAAACAUCGCAAGAAUCAUUUACCAAGUGUCGGGAGUUUUAGUGAAACCGCUUAUUAUCUACCUGGCAACACCGGCCAUCCUGUAUUCGAAACAAAAUAUGCAAAGAUUGCUAUAAAUAUUUGCUAUGGUCGUCAUCAUGCUUUGAACUGGUUGAUGUUUGGACUCAAUGGAGCUGAAAUUGUCUUUAACCCAGCUGCAACCAUUUCUGAAUUUGGAGAAUCGUUUUGGGGCAUAGAAGCUCGCAAUGCUGCGAUUGCUAAUAGCUAUUACACUUGCAGUCUCAACCGAGUAGGCACAGAAGAUUUUACCACCCGAAAUACUCAGAAAGACAUAUCAAGAAGUUACUAUGGAUCAAGUUACAUUACUGCUCCUAACGGGUACCGGACUCCCAGCCUAUCAAGAGACAGAGAUGGACUUCUUAUUGUGGAAAUGGAUUUAAAUCUUUGUCGUCAAGUCAAAGACCACUGGGGCUUUAACAUGACGGCCCGCCUGGACAUGUAUGCAAAAGAGCUACAAGAAGUACAUCCCACUCCAAACCCGCUUUAA